UUUUACCAGUAUCAGUCCGGUAUUAACAGUUGUUGAUUACAGCUUGCACAGUUCACUUGAGCUCACUCCAAAACAUUCUGAGAAAUGGCGUACUACAAAGCUAUUGGAUCAUUGUUAUUUGUUCUUCUGCUGGUUCUAACUAUCAGUACCACCACUGAGGCGGGCUACCGGAAGCCCCCAUUUAACGGUAGCAUUUUUGGGAAACGAAAUGGAAAUUCGAUUGAAUACGAAGGAAACGCUAAAGUGCUCUCAACAAUGUGCGAGAUAGCCGCCGAAGCUUGCCAAACCUGGUUCGCUCAAGAACAGAAAUAGUUCCACUGCAACCAUAGACAACACGACUUAGUUCCACGUUAGAAAACCACGUUGCCAACAGCUUUGGACGAAUGUUCGGAUAUGUACUAUUUCUGCUAGAAUACGAGUCAAAAUUACCCAUUCGAUGCCGGAAGAAGAAUUGCAACUGAUGACUGCGAGUGGAAAUUGUAAACCAAAUUUGAAACUAUGUAAAAAUAAAAACAAUAAAUGAUUUCCUGCUUGUUUUAUAUAAGAGGAAAGUAUAGAAA